AGAAUUGCUUAAAAAAUUUAAUUGUUAAAUUAUACAUGUAAGCAAUAAGAAUAAUUAUACUUCUGUUUUAAAUAUAUUAUUACAUGAUGUUUAUGUAUAAUUUUAUAGAACUUUUAUUGUUGAUGUAACUCGUAGGUAUUUGAAAAAACGAUUACGAUAAGGUAAUAAUUUGAUUCAAAAUUUCAUUAUCGUCUAAAUUAAAAAAUAAAAAGUUGAUUGUAAAUUUUCAUGUGUAUGUUAUUACAAAUUUGUUUAAUAUAAUAUGCAUUUAAAUAUGUCUAUAAGUGAAAACAUUUGAAUAUUGUAUCAAAAAUCUUAAGUAAUUGUAUAAACGGAGUAUACUAUAUUUUGCAAUAUUUCAUUAGACAUUAAGGAAUUAUUGUAAAUCGUCAAUUUUUGUUCUAUUGGGAAUAGAUUUUAACGAUACAAAUGUGUGAUAAAAAAUCCUUGAUAUACCAAUUUUACCGUUUUGACGAAUCUUGAGAAAAGACACAGUUCAAAUGUUUUGUUCCGCCGCGCCGCUUGUAAUAACGGCGAAACAUAGAACUAAAAAUUAGGAAUGGAGCGAGACAGGGAAGAGUUCGAGAGUUGAUCGGUGUUCGUAAUCGUUCGUGUGAUACAGACGCCAUAAGUGAGAAGUAAAUUUUGUGUUUUAGUAUCAGAUUAUUAUUUAUUGCUAUGGAAAUAAGUUUCUGAGAACAAAUGAUGAACUCUACUUUAAAACCAGUAUUGCCUACAACUCAGACAACUUCACCAACUCCUAAUAAACCAAUGCACCCUCAAGGAGCUCCGGUAUCAUAUGGUCAGCCAUCAGGUCCAAUUCCCCAAAAUCCUUUUCCAAACACCAACGUGGCUCACAAUUCGGCAUCUCAACAAAACCAUUUUUCACUAAGUGGUAGUCCCCCUUUUAAUAUGGGCAGUAUUCCUGCUAGCAAUCAUCCUGUAGCUAUUAGCCAACCAUCAAGUGGUCAAGUUUAUAACCAACCCAAAAACGUGUCUUAUUCCAGUGGUUUUCAAAAUGCACAAAAUCAAAACACUUUACCUCCAGUCAGUCAGGCUUUGCCAGCAACUACUCCUCUGACAACUGCACCUAACCCCAUACAAAAUACAUCUGCAUCUAUUUCUAAUUCAACUACCCCAAGUACUGAAUCUUCAGAGGAAAAAUUACAACCAAAUGGGACAACACAAGAUGAUCCAGCACCAGAAGUUGAUAGACCUAAUAUUCAAGAGAACCAUGUUACUCCAGAAAUAGUUAGUACUGAAGAACCAAAACAAGAUACCGCGUCUCCAAGUCCGUCACAAGAAAAGACACCAGAAGAGCCUUCAUCAGAGCCAUUGAAUAAUAUUAAUGAUGUUGAUGCUGAAACAUCAAAGGAAUCUGACAAGGAACAUAAUUCAUUGGAACCUGCUCCAGUGCCUGAACCUAGUCCAAGUCCAGUACCAGUUUCAGCUUCAACAACCACAAUAGUUUCUGUCCCAAUAACUGCAGAUGUACCUGAAACCUCAUCAACGUCAGUUUCUGAGCCCGUUGAAUCGUCUACUCUAAAGGAAGACGAAACUGAAACAGUUCAAAAUGAUUCAGUUUCAUCCGAUGUGGAAACUUCGAAGGAAACAAUAGAGACUGAUCCAUUAGCAAUAGAAACUCCAUCAGACAUGAAGCUUCCACAUGACCAAGACAAAAAUGUUCUGCUUACAGAAAGUAAAGAUGAAGGAAGCGAAGAUGAAGAACAAUCUAGUGACGGUAUAAGUGACUCUGAAAAAUGUGAAAAAGAUGAAGAUCCAUUGAGAAAAACCCCUAAAAGAAAAACGAAAGCCUUACCGCAGGAGCAGAAAAUAGAAACUAAAUCUCCAAUGACCAAAACUCCCAGUAUAUCAGGACAAACAAAACGACAAAGAAUAAUGACUCAGCACUACCAAAGCCCCUUACCAGAAAUUGAAAUAAUAACAAAAAUUAGUUCGUCUACACCACGUACUAAAAAUAAUGACGAUAAGUUGAUUUAUUUCUACAAAAACGAAUUUUUGGCUGUAAGAAAUACAGAGGGUGGUUUUUAUUUGUGUCAAGCUGUACAAAAUAUUUAUAAAUCAUCAUCAAAAAUUAAAAUUCGUUGGCUUUCACAAGAUAAAAGUGAUAAGAGUGGAGAAAUCUACACCCCAGAUUUUUAUGACUUAACUGACUUUGACUGUAUUCUAACCAGUAUAGAUUUAACUAGAGUCGGUAAAGGAAGGUAUAAAUUGAAACCUAAGGAGAAAGAGAGAACAGAUAGUAUUUUAAAGAGAUGUUUAGCUGUUGAAAAAGGAGAAAUUUCUCAACCUUCAGUAUCCGAGGAACAUCCAGACGGUUUGGAUAUAUCUUUAUACAAAGAUGAAGAACAGUUAGUGAAAAAUAAAAAUCGUGGUACAAAACGUAAGAGUCAACCCAGAAUGGAGUCACCUAAAAAACAUGUUCCUAUCAAAAAAACUCCUGAAACUCCUAAAGUCAGAAAAGUAGAAACAAAACCAACUAAAAAUAGUGCAUCAACAAAAAAAGUUACACCCGCCAAAAAGUUAACAGCUCCAGAACCUAAAAAGACACCAACCAGAGGGAAGAGAAAAAGUGAUUCAAAAGCUAGUCCUGUUGUGGAUCCAAAAAAGGCUAAAGUGUUAGCCAGAAUUGGUAGGAAAACUGCAGUUACUGCUAGUAAUAGUAAGCCUCAAGCUGCUAAAAGUGGAAAAGUAUCAAAACCAACACCUUCUACUUCAAAAGUCACAAAAACAACACCAGCGAGCUCUAAAACACCACCAAGAAAAGCAGCCAAGAGGUCCUCAAGAAAGUAAAUAAAUUAUUUUUUCAGAUUUAUGUGUAUAUUUUUUUAUUUUUAUUUUAAAAUUAAUUUUUUAUGGAUUGAUUAACCUUAUAGAACAAGUAGAUGCAUAUCAUGAGGUUUUUUAAAAAUUUAUGAUAUGUGUUUUCAAUGAUGUUUUGAAUAAUGGACCUUUACAAAAAUAAUACUAAGAGUAUUGAUAGAAAAAUUAGUAUUUCAAUAAAAGGCCUUAUGAUCUUCCUUAACGAUUAGUUCAAAUUUUAAAUAAAACAUAUAAAAAGGCCCAUCUUUCAAAACGUUGCGAUGUUUAUAGUUACAUAUACUUAUACAUAUAAUGGCCAUUACACAGAGGGAAAUCUAUUUUGCGUUGUUUCAAAUGUAUAUUAGAUUCCUAAGUUUGUUUAUUUUUGGUGAUCUAUCAAUUUUCCAGUUGAUUAAUCUAGCGUCGUGAAAACCAUAUUAUUAUAUAUUACACAUUUAAAUAAUUGUAAUAGAAACCUACAAGAAGUUAUUUAUUUAUUAAAACAGAUAUUCAAGACAUCAACAUAAUAUAUUGCAAAUUUUAUUCAAUCUUUACAAUGUGGGAUGAGCCCAAAGGUUAUUUUGACAAAGAACUCACGUAUCAUUUUAUUCUUAAAAUAGUGAAAAAAAAAACAUCCAAACGUUAAUAUUGAAUAACUGCUCAAUCUUCAAGAUCCUUAGACAAACAACGAUAAUAAUUUUGAGACAUGUCAAAUUUCUAAAAAUUUCGUAGGAAGUCGUUUCUCAUAAUUUUUUUUAAUUCGAAGCGCAUGAGACAAAUUCUGUAACCAAAUAGACACGAUUUGGUUGUCUUUUCAGUCCAAAUGAUUCUAGCAAACUGUAGUCAUGCUCGAUGAAGUUUAAUUAUAGACACUCUGAGCCUCAAGUCGAACUCUACUCGUCAUACAAAAUAUUGGCAAAGUUGUAAGAAACACACACACGCCCAAGGCGUCCGAUUUCUUUCCGUCUCAUGAAUUCUCUUAUGCUCUAAAAGUCAAAAAUGGUGCAACUUGUGAGAAGUUUUCUACAAUCAACACAACAGCAGUAGCGCACGAGAAAUGAAUCUUGAAAAAAUAACUUCAUAUCAGGUGAAAAUAUUAAACGACAACAAAAUUCAAUCCUUAAAAGAAACUUGCAGUUUUAUCCAAGUUACAUGUUAAUUGUGCAUUGAAGAGUGGACGUAUAUAAAAUAUAACGCAAAUUCCUUGAAUUUGCAUAUUUUAACCAAAUUCCUUUGCUCUGAUCUCUAUUAUGUGAUCAUCAAAUCUUCUUAUUUCACAAACUAAAAAUGUCAUAGUUUACAGCUAGAUUUAGCACUGGAAAAAAAUUGAUAUGUCAAAUGAACGAGCACAUUUCUAUUUUGUGGGUAUAUUGUGUAAUAUAAAUUUUUAUAGUAAGUUCAAAUAUAUAUUUUCAAUUUAGUAGAUAUUCCACAGUUGCAUAAAGAUUUAAAGUGGAGUGGGAAUAUUUCAUAUUCUGGGAUUUUUUUUGUAAACCCGAACUUGGUGUAAAAAUGAUAUUACACUUACAUCAAAUAUACAAGGUGGUUCAUAAUUACAAACUAAAGUCGAUAGUAUGUCAAAAAAUAUGGGUACUGCUUCAAAUACAAUAUUAAAAUUUAUUAAUAAGGAAGAUUGAAACCUUCAAAGGGGUGAAUUGAGAAUUUUUCUUUUUGAAAUAGCAGUCAUAUGGUUUUGAUUUGGGAAUUUCUAUUUUAGUAGUGAUGGAUUUGGAUGGUUUUCUAAAUUUUUUUUAUUUAAAAAAAUUUCUAUACAAAGAAGGUGCGCUUGUUUAAACUAUUUGUAUUCACAUAGUGGUGAGUGAUUAUACUCAUAAUCAUUCACAAAUUAUGAAUUCCAAAGUUAAACCCGUUUGGCAAAUAGGAGAUAGAAAAAAUAUUUUCCAUCCGCGUAGGGAUGCAUAGAAUAAAGAAUAUCAAAAGAAGUACCAUUAUUUUUGAAUGUACUAUUAGCUAUUAGAAAUUCUUGUACAUAAUUCUCCUUGUAUAUUUUGUUAGUUUUUUUUUUAUUUUGUAUUUUUAGUUGCAAAUGAUACAAAACGAAGUAAUUCUAAAUGAGAUGCAAAGAGUACAUAUUUAAUAUUUUAGGUUUAUAUCAUAUUUAUUUUUGAAUAUUGACAAUUUCAUUGAAAUGUUUAUUAAGUUGUUAGUACUUUUUAAAUAUCGAAUUGAAUUUGUUAUUAUUGACUGUACUACUGAUGGAAAGUUGGAAAUAUAAAUAAAUGUGACUUUGUCUUGUGUGCAUUUGUUAUUGCUUACAGAAAGGUAUUGGAAAUAUAAAUUUUUGAUAGGUUUUUCUAAAAUUAGAAAACAUUUUUCUGGCAUUUUGUUUUUCAAAAUAACAUUGAAACUUCAAAUCUUUAUUGAGUUCAAAAGGCUAUUUUUAUAAUAAACAUAUAUAAUACAAAUUUAAAUAUCAAUCUUAUUUAUAUUGAACAUAAUUUUGAUAGAAUUUCCACGCAUUAUACACCCACAUUUUAAUAAUUUAUAUUUGUUCACUGAUGUAAUAUAUUUAUUGUGUGAUGUAUUUAUGUAUUGUAUUGAUACAUUGAUACACAAUCUGACAAGCAUUUUGUUAUUGAAAAGUGUUUAUCAAACAAAAACUGUAGAUUUUCGUUCUGUGCUCAGUACUUUAGCCUCACUUUUUUUCUUACUGAAAUAUUCAAAUUUUUGUAGUAGUUAUAACGUUUGUACAAAGACCAUUUCCCUCGCUCGGUUUUUAAUUUUUAUUGGAAUUUUGGAUUUGAUAGCGAACAUGUAUGUUGCAAUAAAUUUAUUUUAAAUACGAAAAAGCCAAAUUUUAUUUGAGUUAAAAAACAAGGUAGAACUGACUAAUCCUGUACAUAGACCACCAUGAAUUUGUUGCUUUGCGGUCAUUUUUGCAGUAAUUUUUUGCUUAGAAACAGGUUUCAUGCUAAAAAAUGCUGCAUCUCACAUAUAUUUUGAGAAUAUGCAUAUCGGCGAUUGCGAAUUCGGGUAAAUAUCUAGAUUAGGUUAUACCCCUCCGAUUUCGUUAAAAUUUUGGUAUGUUAUAAGGAAAAUUAUGCUGAACAAAUAUAUUACGAAAACCAAUAUAUUGGAGCUUGCAUCAAAUUUGGGAAAGUGAGAAUUCUUCAUUAAACUAUAAAUCCAAGCUUUUGGGAAGUGUGUAACUACAAUAUAAGUGGAGAAGCAAAUGAAAAUUCAAACCACGUAUAUAGCAUGUGUGUCAAAUAUAUAUUUUGAUGUUGACUAACGUUCAAUUUGAAGAUGAAUUCUAGGGUGUUAUCUUAACGAAGUAAGCCUUAGUAGAUAAUUAAGGAGUUACGGUUCAGAUUGAAUAUAUAUGUUGUUAUUAAAAUUAGGUUAAAAAUUAUAUAAAUAUUGAAAAAUACUUAUUUAAAAUUGAUUUAACUAUCCAAUAAUGCACAUAUUUUCAUAAAAUGCCAAGUGAUGUCAAGUGUCAUAUUGAGUUCUUAUCUGAAAAAAACUAUUGACUAAACUUUUAUACUUGAAACCUGAUUUUGCGCAAAAAAUUACCUCCAAAAUGACUUUCAACAGAAUUACUACAGAUUUUUUCGAUGAAUCUGACUAAUUAUUGGAUCAGUGGUAAUUACAGCCGUAAUAAACUACUGUUCAAUUAUGCAUUUUAAACAAACUUUGAUUGGAUUCCAGAAUCAAUUUAAUCUCAUAUAUAGGUACUAAAACAGGCUUCAUACUUUGUGAAAAGUAGACAAAAAUUUAUGUAUUAAAAAUUUUCUCUAAAAAUAUCUACAUGGUAUAAAUCUAGCCUAACCCAGGUAUUCGUUAAAAUUAUUUAUAUAUAAAAAGACUAAUAAUGCAAUCAGUAAUUUUUGAGAAGUUAAUCACUAACAAAGUCAACCGUUGGAGUUCUUGAAAAGACUUACAUCAUUUUUUUAUCCUUUUAUCCUAAACAAACAACUUCACAAAAAGUAGAUACAUUUUACACAUCGAGAGUUCUCCAUGACCAUCAAGCUGAACAGCAAAACUUAAUUUUUUUUAAUUUGAUUCCAUGUGGAUAUUCGAUAUUUUGAUUGUCUUAACUAUUUAUCCAGUGAAAUUGUCAAUAAAAUACGUAUAUAUGUAUUUUUACGGGGUGGAAGAGGGAAUAUUUCAUUAGAACAUCUGAAACCCCUUCAUUUCGCAUUAGUAUUAUUAUUUUUUUUUUCGAUAAGUACUCAUUUUUUCAAAUGUACAUUAAACUACACGUAGGACAAAAUGUAAAGUACGUAUAAAUAUGAAUAGAUUGAAACUAUCAACAAAAAUUGUUUUAAUAUUACUAUUAUUGAAGUCCAGGUACCAGAAAAUUUUUAGAUAUAUCAGCUGAUAUCUCGAUAUAUUUCUAUAAAGAUCUAUCAAAUUUUUCUAUUCUUGAAACGAACUGAUGUACAGUAUGUCAUAGAAUGUCGUAUACAAUAUUUAUUCUUGGGAAGCUUCCCUGUUAUCAAUUUUGGGCAAAAAUUUAUAAAUGUCAUAGAAAUAUCUACAUAGCCUAAAAGUUAUGAUGUAAACGAGGUAUGUCAAAAAAAGUACCGAUUUUGAACCAGAUAUAUUGACUAUGGGAAAAUUUUAGUUUAUGAAACUUUGUUAUUACCUAAAUGAAUAAAAUAUUUAGAUCACUAAUAUAUAAAUAACAAAUUGCUGUGUCCGGAAAUUAUAUUAAUUAUAUGCAACUGAUAAUUUUUAUCAACAAGUAAAAUUUUAAUACUAAAAAGCCUCAAAAUUGCUUCAGAAACAGGUGAUUGUUCUUUGGUUACAUUCUAUCAAAACAUUUCUAACCAUACCUGGAGUUUUAGCUCCACAUACUUCUUUAAUUAUUCUUUUAAAAUGAUAACAGAUGUUAUGUAAAGGCAUGUUUAAAUAGCACCACAGGAAAAGUUUUGAAUAGUUUUGCUACAGUGAAAUGGUACUCUAUCUUGUUAGUACCAAUUGUUUUCUCUUUCAUUUAAAAGUAGUUCAUAAGGUAAUCGAUUAUUCGAAUAUUUCUUGAAAUUCUCCUCCAGGUUGUUCCAAAAAAAUUUGGUCCAACAAUUCUGUCCACCCUAUAGUAAAUAUUAAUUUUAAAUCAAUAUUGAUAGCUGGUUUCAACAUGAAAAUUUGGAAUAACAUCUCAACACCAUCGACUAUUUUGCGCCAUUAAAUGUAAAAGUAGUUUUGACAGAAAAUUAUUUGUUGUUUAGUAAAUCUGUAAUCUUUGAAUUCUUAUAAAGCUUAAAUUUACAUGUUUCGAUUUGUGUAUAAAUUGGGGUUUAUAUGGUUUUAAUUUGACUUUAAAAUUGCAAUUGUACUUCGACUUGUGUUCAUUAAAUUUAUUAAUUUUUUGAAGUAAAUAUUUCGGAUUUUCCACUAGAGGGUGGAAAUAUAUAUAUAUAUAUAUAUAUAUAUAUAUAUAUAUAUAUAUAUAUAUUUGCGACCCAAAGGAUCUAUUGUGUCCCCGUUUCUUGCUGCGAUACUGGAGAACCCUGUGUUUACAGCUGAUUCAUUAUUAAAAGUCCAGAAUUUGGAAUGGUUUUAAUUCUUAGUCUUUUAUUUCAUACGUACCCAGAUAAAGUGCUUUAGAGUUCAUUAGUGUUUCAUUAGCGUUUCUUGCUGCGAUACUGGAGAACCCUGUGUUUACAGCUGAUUCAUUAUUAAAAGUCCAGAAUUUGGAAUGGUUUUAAUUCUUAGUCUUUUAUUUCAUACGUACCCAGAUAAAGUGCUUUAGAGUUCAUUAGUGUUUCACAUUUCGAGAGAAUGUGAAUAGAACUUUCGUCCUCUUCUUCUUCUCAUUGAAGGUUGGCGACCACGUUUUUAAAUGCGUCUCUGUCCCUCGCAACAUGAAACAAUUCUCCGGCUCUGAGAUUUGUCUAUUCUCUUAUGUUACGGAGCCAGGAUUUCUUCUUCCUGUCGAGGCCUUUCUUUCCCUCUACUUUGCCCCUAUCAUGUUCUGUAGCAGUAGGCAUUUGUCGUUGCGUAAGAUGUGUCCUAUGUAAGAUAUUUUUCUUAUCUUAAUAAUUGUCAACAGCUUUCUUUUACAAAUAAUGCGUCUUAGUAUUUCGUCCUCUGUGCAACUAAAUCUGCACUCCUCAUUAUCUGCUAGGUCUAGCGUCUUCAGGUAUUUGUUGGCAAUGCUCCGAUAUGACUUCUUUUAAUAUUCGUAGAUUGUUAUUACUCAGGUUGAUACAUUCAGCAGACCUACUCUGAUUAUAGUUUCCCAAAGGAGCCUUUGCCUGUCUCAGCUCCUGUAGGUUGUUCCAAUAAUUGUUUUUGCUCCUAUCUACUUUCUUUUCUAGUGUUUUUUCCAUUGUUCUGUAGCUGAUACCACAGAAAGGUUCGGGUCCCACGAAGGGCUUGUCUGCCCCUGCUUUAACGAGCUUAUCAGCUAUUUCAUUUCUCUUCGCUUUGGUGUGUCCCAGAAUCCAUUGUAGGGUAAUUUUAUUUUUGAACUGAACUGAACACAUUUUUCAAUUGCAUAGAUUUCUGUUGGAAAAAAUUGCUUGUUGCGAGGCCCAGGCAUUCAGAGUGAUUGGUUCUGGGCCAAUACACUCCUAUUCCAGUUCCGUCUGCUAUUUUUGAUCCGUCCUUAUAUCAUUUAAUGGCAUUUCUCUUCAUUUCUUGUUUUGAUCUCAGUUGCUUUUACAGUUUAUUAUUGAGGUGACGUUUUUCUCAAAGCUAAACUUUUUCGAUGCAAUGUUCUGAGACAUGUCCCAUGGUUAAUCAUUAUUUAGUAACGGGUUUUCUUUGAUGAUUCCGUCUCUGAACAUUCUAAGUGAUGUUUUUUCUUACUGACAGUACUAUGUGAAGAGGUGGGAGAUUUAGAAUCACUUCUAGUGCAGCUGUUGGGCAAGAUUUCAUGGCCCCAGUUGCAAAUAAGCAAGCUAGUCUUUGUGCCUUUAAGAGAUUGUUCAUCGUGGUAUUUAGACUUGUUCUAGUACUCCAAACCACUGCCCCAUAUGUGAUAAUUGGUCUCACAAUUGCCAUGUACAUCCACUUUAGGGUCUUUGGGCUACAACCCCAAUUCCUCUCUACAAAGUUUUUGCACACAAUCAGAACUUUUGUUGCUUUGGUAAUUAUCUCGUUUUCAUGUUUGUUACAAAGAAGUUUACUAUCUAGUGUGAGUCCCAGAUAUUUCUCCUCGAUUACUUGCCCGUAUAGCUUAAUGGGCUUGAGGUUGAGUUUUUUCUUCCUGCUUCCGAAAUUUAUCAAUUGUUCUGUAUUGAUAAAUAACUUUUAAAAAUUGUAAAUCUAAAUUUGGAGAUAAUGCUGCACGAGGCCCCGCACAACAAAAAGGCACAUAGAUAAAAACUAGAAAUAAACAAAUAUAGAAUUACGUAAAUAUACGGCCUAUUGGAGUUACUCCAUAAUUGUAUUGCAAACAAAAAGCUAUAUUAAAUAAAGAAUAGGAAAAUUAAGAAUUUAACUAUGGAUACAACUUUAUCGUUUAAUAACUUUUAAAGGGUAAAUUUUAUCGGAAAAAGCAUUCAGAUAUUUUUUGUAGUGUUAAAUUUUCUACUAGAAAUAAUUCCAAGUAUUUUUAGCUACAUUUGUCUCAGUGGUCAAAAAUUAACUGUAAAAUAUCCCUUGUUUUUUAAAUGAGAAAUAUAUAAAGAUUUAGGUUAAUGUGAAUAUUAAGGACUGGUUUGGGUCUGAUUUUUUUUAGGUCAUAACCUAAAAAUUUGAGGGACGUUUGCAGAACAAAAUCCAAAUUGGGAAAUAACGUUUACCUUACAGUACUACAUUUUAAAUACCUUCAUCUAACUAAAAGUUGCAGUGUACUUUACACGUAUAAGUCUCAUAAAAGUAAAAGGGCGCCUUAAGAGAAACUGCGUAAGUAAACAAAAAUUCGAAUUUUCUUAUAAAACCAUUCAAGUGCUACCGAUUUGAUCUGAUACAGGUCUGUAGUGAAAAUUUAUUUUACAAGUGAAAAUACAGAAUUGCCAUUAAAAUAUAAAUAAGUUUAUGGGGAGACUUCAGCGUUAAAAAAACUGAUGGGUAGUUAAUUGUGCCUUGUUGUUUGUUUCCACUUUACUUUCUUAAAGUACGUUGCGUUGCAAAUAAAACUUAUCUAUAAAACAUGGUAUUGGAAAUUAGUCAUUAUUUUUCACAUUUACUUUCAAAUGUAUAAUUUUUGUUAUCAAGCUAUGUAUACAUGAAUGCCAUUUAUAAAGUACAAAAUGUUAAUAACAUACAAUACUUACUACGCUAAGAGCAGAGUAUUUUUUUGUUUCAUGGCAGUACUUUUAUGUAAUAUGACUAAUUUCUAUGAGUAGAAAAGCAGAAACUCUGAUGUUACAUUAACAUCGAUGUUCUUAGAGCUCAUUAAAUAAAUUGGGAAAAAGGCUGGUAUACCUAAAAAUGGUAACAUAACAAUUAUUUGGCACCUAGACUUUUACAAAAAAAGAAGAUAAAGAGUUAUAUUGACCAAAAUAUAUAUUUCUUAAUAUUGAGAAAGUGAUUGAUGAGUAGGAGAUUCGUUUUUUAAUUUUGAAGUACAAAAUAGUGUACGUGUUGUGCUUUAAAGAAGAAACGAGUUAGUUAGAAGUCAUGUCGAAUGAAUGUUGUGUAGUCUUUGUCGAAUUUUGAUCUGAAACGUUAGAUUCUGGAAAUAUUAUUUAUAAUAUGAAUGGUUUUUGAAUAAAAUCUGAAAAGUC